GAUCUGACAGAAACAGAUGACCCACUUAAUAGAUCAUGUCCAAAUUUAGUGAUGACAAAAUUUCAGGAUAUGGGAUAAAAGUGUUCUGAAGCGCUCAGAAGAUGGUGAUGUCUAAAUUCUUCGUGAGGAAUGAUUUCUCUCUUCGCAGCGUUUGCAAGAGAAUGGUUUUAUUCUGGAGGCGCUCACCCUCACAGUACGUAGAUAGCCAUUUUCUUAAUAGUAUGUGGUAUUGCCCCUGCAAAACCGGCAUUAUUGAUAUACAGGGUGACCAACUAAGAAUGCGAGGGAUUAUGCAACAGCAUUGGAAGCACGUCCACAGGAGGAGCGUAACGUUGGAAAAGGGCUGACGGACAGAGAAGAAGUCUUUUUACCGAUGAGAAAGGCGAUUCGGAUGGAAGGCAAAGUGGCCCUAAUUAUGGGAGGGACAAACGAAAUUGGCGUGCUUUGUGUGAGGGAGAUGCUCACGGCUGGAGUUGGGGAGGCGUCGCUAAACGAUUCGUACGUUCAAAGUUUUUCUUGCUAAGUGAGGGACUUGCGACGUUUAGUAGGUACAUUUAACUUUUCUGACAUCCAAAUAAGUCUGUAAUGAUUGCAGAUGAAGACGAAGAAUCCGGCAAGAAUCUGGUUGUUAAAUUGAGCGCCGAGUAUGGACCUGAAAAAACUGCAUUCAUACGAACUAACUUUGCAUGCGACAAUCUCUUGAAUAAUGCAUUCGAAAAAACUUUGGAGCAUUUCCAAAAAAUUGACGUAUUAGUGAAUAUUGCAAAUUCAGUGGGACAUCGCAACUGGGAAACUGAAAUUGACAAAAACGUGAAAGGUAUAGUCAAGAGUACAUUGUUAGGCUACAAAUACAUGGACGCGUCGAACGGCGGAGACGGCGGCUCUGUUCUGAACAUGGUUUGUGAUAGAGAGCGCACACUAGCGACACCUUAUUUCGAGGGAUGUAGACACUAUCUUGUCGCCUUCGGAAAAACUAUGUCCCAACAAAAUCAUAUAAACACAGGUGUCAAGAUCGUCACAUUGUUCGUUAAUGUGGACGAUGUGUAUAAUCAGAACGACGGUUGCUUGGAAAAAGGUAGGAAAAAUGAAUGCGACAUUCCAAAUCUAAUACGCUUGGCAAGAACUGGAUCCAUUUGGACAACAUAGAAUAUCUAUCAAUUUGAAGUGACUCCUAUUCAUGUUUUUAAACAACUGUGUCGGAACAUACAGAUGAACUGUCAAUCUAACCUUAUUUUUCCGUAUAAAUCCUAUUUACAUUUAGACAUAUUUAUUUGUACUCGUAGCACGUAUAAAUAAACGUCAAAGAAAUUGCA